AGCCAGACUCAAAAAUUACCCACAGAAGAAACAGUUAUACUCUUAAAAUUUCUUGUUUGUUGUCCUCAAAUCUGACUGUUCAAACUUCCCAUCACGACACAAAGAUUCACGUAACGGUCACAGUUUUAACACUUCAUAAUUCAUAAUUGUAGUAGUAGCUACCGAACCCUUUCACUAGCCUGUCUUUCUUGUGAAUCACAUAUUUCUUGAUCUCACCGACAAUGUCAGUCACCGUUGGCUCACCGGGAGUCCGAUCCAUCUAUGGAAGUGCAAUUUCAGCUAAAGCUUUGGGUUCAUUUUCGCGGCCCCGGGUGAUCAUGGCCGUCCAAUCUAAUGUAAUCUCAGUUGCUCCAAUCUUAACUAAGUUGAAGGAGGACUGUGCUACUCCCUUGCCAGUCUUGCGCCACCUGGCAGCCGCCAUGGCCUCCGUCAUGCGGGCAGGCCUCGCUGUCGAUGGUGGCAGUGAUCUCCCGAUGAUCCCCAGCUACGUUGACGCGCUCCCAACCGGAAACGAGAAGGGAUUGUUUUACGCAUUGGAUCUUGGCGGAACAAAUUUCCGGGUGCUGAGAGUCCAGUUAGGAGGAAAGGAAGAGCGGGUGAUUGCCACCGAGUUCGAGCAAGUUUCUAUUCCUCCAGAAUUGAUGUUUGGCACCUCUGAGGAGCUAUUUGAUUUCAUUGCUUCUGUGCUGGCAAAGUUCGCAGAGAAGGAGGGUGGAGAGUUUAAUUUACCAGACUGCCAGACAAGGGAAAUAGGAUUCACAUUUUCUUUUCCAGUGAAGCAGACUUCUGUCGACUCAGGCAUCUUGAUUAAAUGGACCAAGGGUUUUGCAGUCUCUGGAACUGCAGGGAAGGAUGUAGUUGCAUGUCUGAAUGAAGCCAUGCAAAGGCAGGGAUUAAAUAUGCGGGUUUCUGCUCUGGUUAAUGAUACUGUCGGAACUCUUGCUGGAGCUAGAUACUGGGAUGACGAUGUAAUGGUUGCCGUUAUUCUAGGAACUGGAACUAAUGCUUGCUAUGUAGAACGCAAAGAUGCUAUUCCUAAGCUUCAGUCCCACAACUCAACUUCUGGAGGAAUGAUCAUAAAUACUGAGUGGGGAGCAUUCUCAAAUGGCCUUCCUUUGACCGAGUUUGAUAGAGAGAUGGAUGCUGAUAGUAUUAAUCCUGGUGAGCAGAUAUUUGAGAAAACAAUUUCUGGUAUGUACCUGGGUGAAAUUGUAAGAAGAGUGCUGCUCAAGAUGGCUCGAGCUAGUGAAUUAUUCGGUGACUCCAUUUCAGAGAAACUGUUGACUCCAUUUAUGCUCAGGACCCCAGAUAUUUGUGCCAUGCAGCAGGACACUUCGGAAGAUCUUGAAGUUGUGGGGACAAUCCUCCUUGAUGUAGUCGGGGUAAGUUCCAAUGCAAGUGCAAGGCAGAUUGUGGUGGAGGUAUGUGACACGAUUGCGAAACGUGGAGGCCGACUGGCUGGUGCAGGAAUCGUUGGGAUUCUUGAGAAGAUGGAGGAGGAUUCAGAGGGUCUUAUAUUCGGAAAGAGAACAGUGGUGGCGAUGGAUGGAGGCUUGUAUGAGCAUUACCCACAAUACAGAACGUAUCUCCAAGAAGCCGUUCAAGAGCUUCUAGGACCUCAAACCUCUACAAACAUAGUAAUUGAACACACAAAAGAUGGAUCUGGAAUUGGUGCUGCCCUAUUAGCUGCUGCAAACUCGAAAUAUGGACACCACUUUUAAGCCAGUGUUGCUUUUAAUUCAUUGGACUGGUUAUUUUUUCCCCCCCUCAGAAAUUCUCUCUUUAGCAGAGAAUCGAGAAGGCAUUUGCAUUUGGAUUCAGAUAUAGGGAUUGCAACAUCGUGAAAUAUAAUCUGUUAAAUGACCAACUGCUGUACUUCUUAAUAUGAAUUCAAUGCUUUUCCGUUUAUGAGUAAA